GGCUACAGAAAUCUCAAAGUCUGUAGCCCCUUUGGCUACCAGGUAAAAAAGGUUAAUUUCGCACACUGUGUAUGUAAUGAAAAGCUUACACUAAGGAAAGCAGCUAGAGAAUAUGGGGUCUCUUAUGUGUUUCUUUAUAGACCAGAAUGAUUCAGGGGAAGUGCACAUCGAAAAGAUCAAGGGGCCGGAAACUGUCUUUUCAUCUGCUGAGGAAAAAAGCAUGGCCGAAUGUCUUAGUGAAAUGACCCAGCGCGGAUUGGAUUUAAAGAAACUCAUUUAUGAUAUGUGGUACUGAAGUGUUGGGAUGUCCUCAGGACAAGGGAGACCACCUGGUGGGCAGGGGAAGCAAUAUAGAGGUAGUGGCCCUAAAAGAGGUGGUAACCAGGGUAACAGAGAGAACACUGACAGAGUGGGUCAUAAUCAGUCCCAAAGAGGGGGCCAUAAUCAAUCCCAAAGAGGGGGGAAUAAUCAAUCCCAAAGAGGGGGAUAUAAUCAGCCCCAAAGAGGGGGAUAUAAUCAGCCUCAAAGAGGGGGAUAUGAUCAGCCCCAAAGAGGGGGAUAUGAUCAGCCCCAAAGAGGGGGAAAUAAUCCGCCCCAAAGAGGAGGAUAUGAUCAGCCACAAAGAGGGGGAUAUGAUCAGCCCCAAAGAGGGGGAUAUAAUCAAUCCCAAAGAGGGGGAUAUGAUCAGCCCCAAAGAGGGGGGAAUAAUCAAUCCCAAAGAGGGGGAUAUAAUCAGCCCCAAAGAGGGGGGAAUAAUCAAUCCCAAAGAGGGGGAUAUAAUCAGCCCCAAAGAGGGGGGAAUAAUCAAUCCCAAAGAGAGGGAUAUGAUCAGCUCCAAAGAGGGGGGAAAAAUCAGCCCCAAAGAGGAGGAUAUGAUCAGCCCCAAAGAGGGGAGAAUAAUCAAUCUCAUAGAGGAGGAUUUCAUCAGCCUCAGAGAGGAGGCCAAAAUCAAUUUGGAAGAGGGAGUCAUAAUCCACCCCAAAGAGGGGACUAUAGUCAAAAUCAAAGAGGGGGACAUAAUCAUCCUGAAAGUGGGGGUCACAAUCAGCAAGAAAGAUGGGACAAUCAGGGUAUGGAGCAAUUUCCACCAACCCCGGGACAGAACUACAAUGAUGGGUGUGGUUGUCCACUACCUCCAAACCAACAUGGCGUAGGAUCCUAUGGCCAACAGUUUAACCAACCAGGACAGGGCAUUCUAGCAACCCCUCCCAUGCAGUAUGGAACGGUGCCGAUGAUACCAUUGAUGUCUAUGAACCUGAACAUGCCAUAUUCCCAGCCUUGCCCACCAUUUCCUUACUCAUCAAAUACCCCACCGCAUAAUUCCCCAGAAUAUCACCAACAACAACAACCAAGAAACCGUCCCCCUGGCAGCAGGCAAGGUCCACGAAACCAAGGAAACCAGGGCUUGUCCCGGGCAUCAAGCACCAUGAGUGUUGAUAGUAUACAUUCUGACACAAGUGAUGGAAGGAGACAAGGAAAGAAGUUUGAAAAACGAGGAAAUCAAAAUUUAACAGCAAAUAACCAAGGACCGGUGGCUCGGAAUAGAUACAGUAGUUGUGAACACCUUUCAGAGCCUUCAAGCUUCUCAAAUGUUAGUGGCUUGAGCAAUGAAGACUAUGGAGCUCGUCCAAAAGAGGGGAAUCAACAGAGGAAUUGUAAUGAUCGGGUGAAUAAGAAAUAUUUUGAGAAUGAUUCAAAUGUCAGGAAUAAUAGAAGACCUGAUUUACCUUUUAGAGGACAAUUCAGGGGCAGGGGAAGAGGACCUUCUCUAAAUAGAGGAGGUAGAAGUAGAUCUUGGUCUCAUAUGGCUGGUAGAGGGGGGAGAAAUAUGAACGUGGAUAUUGGUCAAAAUACUGAUGAUUCUGACAAAGAUAGUUAUAUUAGUGAAGCUCCAACAAAUGUGGAUGGCAAUGAUUUUAGUGAUGAAAUGAAUAAAGGGAUAGAAAUAAUUACAAGGAGGGGAAGAGGUAGAAUAUAUUUGCGUGGAUACAGGGGAAGAGGACGGCCAUUUAGAGGCAGAGGCGGCCCUUAUGGAAAACAAUCAAGACAGAGGAAGGAAUAUGAAGAUGGAGAAAGUGAUGGAGAAAUGGAAGCUGUUGCAGUUGAUAAUGCUACUGAUAUCAAUGUUGAUGAGGCAAAAGAAACUACUACAAAAGCAAGAAGGCAAAAUAAAAGGAACAGAAAACGAAGAGUUAAAGGGCAAGUCAGAAGAGGCGGCCAAACUAAUAAUACUACAGAUGAACACAUUGAUGAGGCUUCUAGUGGAACAGAAGAUGAAGUUAUGCUAGUCAAUGAAAAUACUGGUAAUGAUAUUUGUAGUUCAGAAAAUAUCUUAAAGGAAACAUCUUCAUCAGGUUUUAAAGUUGAUGAUAUUGAGACUGUUAAGUUGCUGACUCUAAAGAAUAGGCUGUCUAGAUACAAAAAAAAUCUUAAUGCAUUGAUGGACAAGGUUGGGAAUUCAGAUGAGGUCAAGAUAAAACAAGAACAACUUGAUGCUAUUAAAACAGUUAUAGAGAGAAGAAGGGAAACUGAAACAAAAGAUGAAGAAAUCAAGCAAGAUCUAGGAGAGGAAGGUUUGACUGAAGAGGAAACGGAAACAGAGGAUGAAACAGAUGACGAAGAAGGAGAAAAAGAGCCAAGUAAGGCAUGCUUUCAGAGGUCAAGUCGUGCAUACAGGUCAGCAAAAGUAUUUAUAUCAUUCAAGCCCAGAGCAUCAAAAAAGACAGGCAAAUUUCGAAAGAAUGAGUCACCAGUUUCUGAAAAAACUGUUGAUGGAAAAACAAGCAAAAAUAACAAAGCAAAAGAAGAGUUUGGAUUAAAUAUUCCUGAGAAGAAAGCAAGUGUAUUAACAGACUUGCUGUCUAAACUAGAUAAGUUGAUUGUAAGUGGAACUGCAAAGGAGCAAAACGUUCCAAUUCAAGCAAAACAGGAAGAUGUUAGUCCAAAUGUGGCUAGUGGUACAAAUGAACCAAAGAAACCUGAUAAUAAAAGAGUGAAGCAUCAUUCAGGUGGGAAUCCAUUAGCAAAUGAUGUGUUUAAGUACAUGGUGAGAACAUUUGAAGGGCAGGGUGAGCCAAAUGAUAUCCACAGAGAGUCUGGAAUGUUUCCAGUCGAUUGCAACAUUGAACAAUGGUUUAGAGCCAUGAAAACUAGAUUUUCAGUGUUUGAAAAAGAUGGGAAAGUCAUUCAUGUUGCAGUCUAUAUGAAGGACAUUUCGUACUGCCUAGAUUAUAUCAAGGCAACUGGAUGUUCAAAGGAAUGCACAAGAUAUCACGUGUGUAAAGAUAUGCUUUGUAACAAUUGUAAGUUCGGAGCUGGAAAAUGCAAAUUCAGCCAUGAUUUCCUUGAUAAAAGAAAUAUGGCGACCACCAAGAAGCUUGGUAUGAAUGAUGUCUUCAGCAAUGAUGAAAUUUGUAGCAUUUUGAAAGUGAGAUAUCCUCAUGCAUGUGAGUACUGGAUAGCAAACGAUGGCACAUGUGAAGAUUCAAUUUGCAUAGGUCUUCACCUUUGUGAUCGAUUUAUAUUUGGAAAGUGUUUGAGGGAAGAUAGUUGUGCUUUAGGGCAUGAUUUUACAACAGAACACAAUAGAGAAAUUAUGAAAGCAUUCAAGAUGGAGAAUUGGAACAGUCCAUUUAUGAGAAAGAUGAUUUACCUGAAAAGAACACCAAAUACUUCUGAAAGAAUGGAUGAACCUUCCUUUGAAAGAAAUUUAGAUUUUGAAGAAGAGAUUGUUGAACUUGAAUAUAUUGAAAGCGUUGUAGAUGAAAAUGCAGUUGUAGAAGAAGAGAUUGAUAACAAGGCUGGGCAUGAAGAUACUGAGGAGGUUAGAGCAGGGAGAAAAAGAAAUCCUCGUCAAAGAGGGAGGGCGCGGAAAACGUCCUCAAACAAGGACUAUGAUUCAGUUCAAACAGUUCAUUCAGAUAUGGCUGGAGAGACCUUCCUGUGUGAAAAGCAUUUAAUGGAUUCCUGCAAAAGAUCAGGUUGCAAGUUUCAUCAUACCCAGAGUAAAUCAACAUACAUCUGGCAGGUAAAGAUGUGGGGAGAAUGGCGGGAAAUUCUUAACCAGGAGGGGGCAGAACAACUGUACUGCAAACCAGGAUGCAACCACUCAGAGAGUUUUGAAGACAUAGACAGUCAUCUUACACACUGUCAACUAGAAUUCAAACCAAUACUUCAAGCCAUCAUCAGCAGUGAAAUUGUUGAAUUGUCAGAAGUUGAAGCUCGCCGCCUCUCAACUCGUUCAUACAGUCAGGUGAAACACCGGGAAACUGGCUUUGCGACACAGUGGAGAUGGUACUGGAAAGAUAAUUCUGGCACGUGGAUGCUGUUUGAUUCAGAUCAGAUGCAGCGAACCUUGGAGGCAAAGUUUCUGGUGCAUCAGGAGACGUAUCACUACCACCGGGAAAACUACAAGUGGAAAUAUCUGAUCGACUUUAACGCCAUGAUUCAGACCAACAUUGACACGGGUGCUAUCAGGGAAAUCAGACGUCGCCCACUGUUUGUGUCUCAGGCAGAUGUUGUACAGAGAAACUACCCUGCGGGUCUGAGUGCCUCGCCGGAAAUUCCCGCCAUCCUGCCGCCUGAUUGGACACCCUGGGACCUCGCAAACCAGUUUGAACUGGUCAAGCUUGCGCCAACAGACCCGGCUUAUAUACAGGUUGCGAACAACUUCCACCAGACAAUGAGCCGAGUGGAUAAACAGAUCCAGGACAUCUUCCGUAUGCAGAACCCAACGCUCUGGCUUCGCUUUUGCAACCAAGAGAAAACUAUGCUGGCCAAUCAGCGUAGAUGUGGUGAUGAAAGUCCCGUGAAGAAACUACUCCUGUUUCACGGCACCGAUUCCCUUGAUGCAGUGAGAGGAAUAAGUGUCAACAACUUCGACCCACGAGUUUCCGGGAAAAAUGCAACUGUAUAUGGAGAGGGUGCUUACUUCGCCCGGGAUGCCAAGUAUAGCCACAGAUACACAAAAGGCUCCGGGCUCAUGUUCCAGGCUGUCGUUCUUGUGGGAUAUUCCACAAACGGAAAAAAGGACUACCGUAGACCACCUGAAAAGCCUGGACAAACACACGAGUUGUAUGACUCUUGCGUGAAUGACAUCAACGAUCCAAGCAUUUAUAUUCUCUUUGAGAAGAACCAGUACUACCCUGAAUAUCUGAUUCAGUAUGUAGACCUGUACAGGGCACCGUCUCCCCCUCCAGUCAGACCAGUAACAAGACCCAGACACAGUAUACCUGGAGUGAAUACGGGAACUACAGGGGCAGUGUUCACUUGUUCAGCAGGUUCUAUUGCUCCAUAUGGAUCUAGUUCCACUGGAGCAACAGGCAUGUAUGGAACCACUUCAUCAAGUUCAACCAGCCACAUUCCAGGUUCUACCAGCCCAACUUCACCAUCUGGAUCUUAUUCAACAGGAGCAUACACAGGAGGGACAGGGAAUGCCUCCACGGCAGCAUCGGGCUCAACUUCCCCAGUUGGAGGAUCUGGGUACAGGGCUGGUUCCAGCUCAGGCUCUAGAUCUACAGCAACCACCAGUGGAUCUACAGGGACGUAUGCAAGAGCUUCAGCAAAUUCAGCCUUCCUUAAUGUAAAUGUCAGUCCACCCAAACCUGAUAAAUCGUGUGCCAUUCAGUGAUGAUGAGGUUAAACAAAGUUUUUGUUUCAGUGUUUGAAACCUGAUCCAAAGUAAAACCUUUUGUCAAAGUUGUAUGUUUUGAGAUAAUUUAAAUGUGAGUGUUUUUUGUUUACUUUUGAAUUUUUCAAUUUGGCUCAUAAAACCGAUGUUUCUGUUAGCCUGUCUAUUGUUUGAAGUUAUUUAUGUUAUGAUAGAAAGAGACUUUUUUUCAGAGUUUACUAGUUAUGUGCUGUAAAUACGUGUGACAUGACUUGAUUUACACAUUUGUUUCAAAUUGAAUUUAGGUCUGUUUGUUAAUCUGAUUACAAAAAGCCUUACUGACUUCUCACUUUCUUUCAAUAAAUGAAUUUUAGCUUGUCUGUUUUUAGCAGAUUUAUUGUUAAGGUAUUGCGUUAGCCUUGUCGCUGUCAUGUUGCCUGCGACAGUAUUCACAUGUAUAGCAGGGUCUAAAACUCUUAAAUAUUUCUCAAGUAAUGUCCCUUGUUGACUGACCACAGCAAUCUUGUUUAUAUUUAUAUAGUGGCUUUUUAGAAUGAUAUAUAUUUAUAGAGUAGAAUAUUGUUGAUAUGGACAGACAUUUUGUUGCUUCAAAUUAGGAUACUAUGAUAGCACUUGAUAUUGUUGAGCUUAUGUUUUAGGAAAUGUGUUUGUUGUUGUUUUUCAAACGAGAAAGUCAAAGUACAGCCUAGGUGAUGUGCAAGAACUUCAACCUCAACCAUAACUCCAAAAACAUUAAAGGGCUAUUCCAUUCAAACAUAUAAACCCCGGGGGGAAGGCACUUUUAAAUUAUUACACCCAGCUACAGAAACAAAUUUAUCCUUUUAGUGUCCAAAUUAACGCAGAAGGAUACUGACCAAUAUACAAGAAAAUGAUUGCCUUCCCCCUGUGGGUUAUAUGUUUUACUGGAAUAGACCUAAGAUAUUUAAGUUAAGUUUGAACACAUGUUGCCAGAAACUCUGGUUUUAAUAAGGAUUGAGUUAUGCCCCUUGUUCGCUGUUAUUUACUUCUUCUUUAUUGCUUAUUCAUUGUAUUUAUUAUUGAAAUUAUUUAUCCAAAUAAUUGUGGCUGUGAUUGACAUUAUAACCGGUGUUAUUGUUUAGCUUUACCCAGAUUAAACAGUACUAAAUAUAAUGAAUUGUAAUGAUGUAAUUUUAAUUUUGGAAAUUAUUACAAUGAUGAUACAAUGUUUAUCAUUGUAAAAUGUUUUUGUGUUUCAUAGUAAAGUUUGAUGACUUUGGUUACAUUUUAUGUACCGGUAUUUAACACAUAAAGAAAUACAUAGAAAAUGAAAUUCAAGUUGUCUUACAUGCAAUUGUAUUUACAAGUUGUCUUACGGUACAUGCAUUUGUAUUUACAAGUUGUCUUACGGUACAUGCAUUUGUUUUUACAAGUUGUCUUACGGUACAUGCAUUUGUAUUUACAAGUUGUCUUACGGUACAUGCAUUUGUAUUUACAAGUUGUCUUACAUGCAUUUGUAUAUGCAAAUUGCUAAUAAGUUUGCUGUAAAGUGAAAUGUUUUUGAUUUUGAUAUUUCAUUUGGGAACAGAUACCAUUAACUUGUAAGCAGUAUAAUUAUUGUACCUUGUACAUGUAACAAAUCAGACUGGAUACAUUUGUUUUGUAAUUUAGUCUCUAUUGUAUCAAGGUGAGUGCUUGAGUGUUUAUGUAUAUCUUUAGUUUAGCAUUGUGUGGGGUUAAUAGGAUUUGUAAUGAGUUGGUGAUGUUUUUUUUGUUUAUAUAAUUAAGUCAAUGAAAGAAAUUGUACUUCAUUGUUGAUGAUUUAAUUGUUUGACAAUUUGAUGAUUUUUGUUGAUUUAUUAAGACUUGAUACUAAGUCAGCGAGAUGAAGGCAUAUAGGUUGAUAUUUCCAUGGCCUAACAUUCGUUAUGGACUGUCUGUCAUAGGAGAAAGGUUAUAUAAGAUAGAAAGAAAGAUGAGUUUAAGUUUAGAUAGACCAAAUAUUUUGUUCAUUUGAAUCUUUUAAACUGCUCUUAUUAAAUCUUAAAUUAGUCACCUAGUACCGGUACUAUAAUAUGCAUAUGGUUGAAAACAUUUGAGUUCAUUUAUGAAGGAAAGAAAUGUUUCAAUCAAAUGUACUAUGAGUGUAGUUUUCCUUACAAGAAUCAAUCAGGCUGGCCACGCCGAGACAGACUUGUAUAUAUAAAAGUAUAUUCUGAGAAGUAUUGCUUGACAAUAUUACAUGUGAGCCAAAAAGGGUCCUUGGCUUGCAGAUGUCACAUACAAGUGUUAGUGUACAUUAUGGAUGCAUCAUCUUUGUGCUCCUUCUUGAACCCUGAUUUGCCAUGUGAUUUGAGACCAUUAACAGAAGUAUGUGCUUGUUAAACAUGAUUAAAGAUUCAGGGGAGGUCCUUGUGGGCUUUCUUUUGAAGCUUUUUAAGUGUGUAAGCUGUGGAAAUACAUUGUAUAACUAUAUUGCCUGGGAUAAAUCCCAACCCUCUAGGGAAAUGUAGGCACACUAGAGUAUGAACCAAAAUGGUUUUAGAUAGAACUCUGUGUGUUAUGAAAUUCUGUAGAGUAAAAGAAUUUCAGACUACAAAAAAAAUAAAAUGUUUAACAACAUGUCAACGUAUUACGUUACAUGGUUAAACAAAUGCUACAAAAGCAUGCAUGUACUCUCGUGUUGUACAUGAAAUAAACAUUUAUACAUUACAUUCAUAUCUUUAACGUAUCAGUUGAUACACAUUUGAAAAACUAUAAACAACGUUCCCUUGUUUGUAACAUGUUUUGUUUCAUAUUUUUAUUUCACAAACAUCUCUUGUAUAUUAUAUGUUUGGUUUCUAAGCGCUAUUUCACACGCAUAUCUUGUUUGUAACAUGUUUUGUUUCAUAAUGCUAUUUCACAAACAUUUCUUGUUAUAUGUUUGGUUUCUAAGUGCUAUUUCACACGCAUAUCUUGUUUGUAACAUGUUUUGUUUCAUAUUGCUAUAUCACAAAUAUCUCUUGUUGGUAACAUGUUUUUAAUCCGCUGCCAUGGAGUGGGGAGGGGAUUAUAGGAAUGCACUUCACUCCUCUGUCGGUCUGUCUGUCUAACAUUUUGUGUCUGGGCUAUAACUUACUUACAUAAGGAUGGAUUACAAUAUAACUAAGUAAUGUUGUCCUCAUUGGGACGAUGUGCAGUGACCUUGACCCGGGUCAAUACCUCAAAGGUCAAGGUCAUAUGAGACAUUUAAAGGUCAGAGUACACAUGCUUGUGUCUGAGUUAUAACUUAUUUAUGCAUUGAUUGAUUUCCAUAUAACCUGGUACAAAUGUUGCCCUCAUUGAGACGAUGUGCAGUGAUCUGACCCAGGGUCCAUACCUCAAAAACCCAAGACAUUUAAAGGUCAGAGUACACAAUUAAAAGUGAUUGUUAAUUGAAAGUGUUAAACAAGUUGCACAGAUUGAUACUUUGAGCACUCUGCCGAGCAUUAUCAUUAUGUGCAACAAGUUCAAUAUUUUAAUAAAGAAUGGACAAUGUUAUGAGGUCACUACAAUAAAUAUAAAUCACAGCUUUAGCAAAAAUACUUAAGGCUUGCUUUUCAUUGAUGUAAUUUAUAAAUCAAACACUCAAGUUUUCUUCUCUCUUUUUUAAGCCAAAAUAACCUUGACAUUGAACUUCCUUACACUGCACACAAUCUGAAUAACUUUAACAAAUAUCCUUUUAUAAAAUGUUAAUAUAUCCAAGAAUAUUAAGGUUACUAAUCUAAUAACUUGUAUUUCCUAUUUUCCCACUCCUGACCAGUGGAAGUGUACAAUUUUGGUCAGAUUCAACGCACCAGUCAGGUUCAGAGAAAAACAAAAUGUUCCCAAAAAACAACGGCGGGGGAUAUAGCCGUCCUUUGGACUGCCUUGUGUUUGUAAGUGCUAUUUUACAAGCAUAUCAUGUUUGUAACAAGUUUUGGUCAUAUUGCUAUUUCACAAACAUGAUGAAACAUCUAUUUUUUGUAACAUGUUUUGUUUCUUAGUGCUAUUUCAUAAACAUCCCUUGUUUGUAACAUGUUUUGUUUCUUGGUGCUUUUUCAUAAACAUCCCUUGAAUGUAACAUGUUUUGUUUCUUGGUGCUUUUUCAUAAACAUCCCUUGAAUGUAACAUGUUUUGUUUCUUAGUGCUAUUUCACAAACAUCCCAUGUUUGUAACAUGUUUUGUUUCUUAGUGCUAUUUUACAAACACCUCUUGUUAGUACAAUGUAUCAUGUUUAAGUUUUGUUUCUUAAUGCUAGUUCACAAACAUCCCUUGUUUGUAACAUGUUUUGUUUCUUAGUGCUAUUUCACAAACAUGUCUUGUUUGUAACAUGUUUUGUUUCUUAGUGCUAUUUCAUAAACAUCCCUUGAAUGUAACAUGUUUUGUUUCUUAGUGCUAUUUUACAAACAUCCCUUGAAUGUAACAUGUUUUGUUUCUUAGUGCUAUUUCACAAACAUCCCAUGUUUGUAACAUGUUUUGUUUCUUAGUGCUAUUUUACAAACAUCCCUUGAAUGUAACAUGUUUUGUUUCUUAGUGCUAUUUCAUAAACAUCCCAUGUUUGUAACAUGUUUUGUUUCUUAGUGCUAUUUUACAAACAUCCCUUGAAUGUAACAUGUUUUGUUUCUUAGUGCUAUUUUACAAACAUCCCUUGUUUGUAACAUGUUUUGUUUCUUAGUGCUAUUUCAUAAACAUCCCAUGUUUGUAACAUGUUUUGUUUCUUAAUGCUAUUUUACAAACACCUCUUGUUAGUACAAUGUAUCAUGUUUAAGUUUUGUUUCUUAAUGCUAGUUCACAAACAUCCCUUGUUUGUAACAUGUUUUGUUUCUUAGUGCUAUUUCACAAAUAUGUCUUGUUUGUAACAUGUUUUGUUUCUUAGUGCUAUUUUACAUACACCUCUUGUUAGUACAAUGUAUCAUGUUUUGUUUCUUAGUGCUAUUUCAUAAACAUCCCUUGUUUGUAACAUGUUUUGUUUCUUAGUGCUAUUUCAUAAACAUCCCUUGUUUGUAACAUGUUUUGUUUCUUAGUGCUAUUUCAUAAACAUCCCUUGAAUGUAACAUGUUUUGUUUCUUAGUGCUAUUUUACAAACAUCCCUUGAAUGUAACAUGUUUUGUUUCUUAGUGCUAUUUCACAAACAUCCCAUGUUUGUAACAUGUUUUGUUUCUUAGUGCUAUUUUACAAACAUCCCUUGAAUGUAACAUGUUUUGUUUCUUAGUGCUAUUUCAUAAACAUCCCAUGUUUGUAACAUGUUUUGUUUCUUAGUGCUAUUUUACAAACAUCCCUUGAAUGUAACAUGUUUUGUUUCUUAGUGCUAUUUUACAAACAUCCCUUGUUUGUAACAUGUUUUGUUUCUUAGUGCUAUUUCAUAAACAUCCCAUGUUUGUAACAUGUUUUGUUUCUUAAUGCUAUUUUACAAACACCUCUUGUUAGUACAAUGUAUCAUGUUUAAGUUUUGUUUCUUAAUGCUAGUUCACAAACAUCCCUUGUUUGUAACAUGUUUUGUUUCUUAGUGCUAUUUCACAAAUAUGUCUUGUUUGUAACAUGUUUUGUUUCUUAGUGCUAUUUUACAUACACCUCUUGUUAGUACAAUGUAUCAUGUUUUGUUUCUUAGUGCUAUUUCAUAAACAUCCCUUGUUUGUAACAUGUUUUGUUUCUUAGUGCUAUUUCAUAAACAUCCCUUGUUUGUAACAUGUUUUGUUUCUUAGUGCUAUUUCAUAAACAUCCCUUGAAUGUAACAUGUUUUGUUUCUUAGUGCUAUUUUACAAACAUCCCUUGAAUGUAACAUGUUUUGUUUCUUAGUGCUAUUUCACAAACAUCCCAUGUUUGUAACAUGUUUUGUUUCUUAGUGCUAUUUUACAAACAUCCCUUGAAUGUAACAUGUUUUGUUUCUUAGUGCUAUUUCAUAAACAUCCCAUGUUUGUAACAUGUUUUGUUUCUUAGUGCUAUUUUACAAACAUCCCUUGAAUGUAACAUGUUUUGUUUCUUAGUGCUAUAUUACAAACAUCCCUUGUUUGUAACAUGUUUUGUUUCUUAGUGCUAUUUUACAAACAUCCCUUGUUUGUAACAUGUUUUGUUUCUUAGUGCUAUUUUACAACCAUCCCUUGUUUGUAACAUGUUUUGUUUCUUAAUGCUAUUUUACAAACAUCCCUUGAAUGUAACAUGUUUUGUUUCUUAGUGCUAUUUUACAAACAUCCCUUGUUUGUAACAUGUUUUGUUUCUUAGUGCUAUUUCACAAAUAUGUCUUGUUUGUAACAUGUUUUGUUUCUUAGUGCUAUUUUACAUACACCUCUUGUUAGUACAAUGUAUCAUGUUUUGUUUCUUAGUGCUAUUUCAUAAACAUCCCUUGUUUGUAACAUGUUUUGUUUCUUAGUGCUUUUUCACAAACAUGUCUUGUUUGUAACAUGUUUUGUUUCUUAAUGCUAGUUCACAAACAUUUCUUGUUUGUAACAUGUUUUGUGCCUGAGUGCUAUUUCACAAACAUGUCUUGUUUGUUACAUGUUUUGUUUGUUAGUGUAAUGCCGUUUAAUUAAUGUGCUACAGUGGAUACUGACAUAGUGAAAAAUGUUCUCACUCCCAAACAGAAAGACUUUGUUCAUAACUGUUUUACAGUACAAUGUAAUAGUGUUUAUUGCUAAAAACCUAUGUAAUGUGUAAAGUGCAUAGUACCAUUGUUAUCCAUACAUGUGUGUAAAACAUAUUCAUUUUUUCAGUUUGUUGAUGUGCAAUGAAAUUGCCUUGUAGAAAAUAUAUUGUACACUUAUUUUAUAAACAGUCUUAUUGGAGAGUUUAAGAUGUGAAUUACCAUUAAUUAAAAUGAAGGAUGCAUAAGAAACAUGACAUAAUAUUUGUUUACAUAACCAAUAAAUGCUUAAAAAAAGUGAAGUUGAGCAAUACACCAGUAUUCUGCUUUGUGUAAGAAAUUUGGAAUGGAAAUUCAGCCAGUGUUUUUUUCUUACCAAUUUUGGGCCGAAUAUUAGUCCUAUAAACAUUUCCUCUUCUCCAAAUUUGAUUUUUUUAUAUUAUUAUUUCAUGAAAUUAUUCAACCCCUUAACUGUUUGUGUAUGGAAGAGCUGGUGUAAUCUUUCACCAAACAAACUUUCUUUUACCUUCUCUGUCCAUUUUUAAGCCCUUUUUUAAGUGAAACAUUAUUCCCAAUCAAAAAAAGGACCCAUUUCCAAAAUGGUAAAAAAAGCCACUGCUAGCUUUACUUAUAUAUAUAUACUGUCCAAUGUCAGAGUGCUCAAAAUGUGUUUUUCAACCGUAUAAAUGUUAGUUGAAAGUUCUAUUGUUUGGAAAAAAAAUAAAUUAAUGUGAAUGAA